AUGGCGAGUCACCCCGCCCCCGGCAGGGCCCCCAGCAUCAGGGCCCCCAGCCCCCGGCCCGGAGACGCUGCCUCCUCCGUGGACGGGAAGGUCCUCCCCUCAGCGAGCCCGCCCCUGGGGCCCGGCGGCCCCUGCGCGGACGGGGUCCCUGCGGUGCCCGCGGAGGCCGAGGAGACGGUGUCUGUGAGCAGCUGUUUCGCGUCCGAGGACACGACGGAGGACUCGGGGGUGAUGAGCUCGCCCUCGGACAUCGUCUCCCUGGACUCCCAGCACGACAGCACCAAGUCCCGGGAUAAGUGGGCCACGGACCAGGAGGACGGCAGCGACCAGGACCUGGUGGGGACCCCGGAGCUGGGUCCGCCCAAGAGCCCCGCGUGGGAGAGAGACGGCCCUGGGCACUGGCAUUCCAGAGCUGAGAGAGCCACAGCAGCCCCGGAGGCCGACGGGGGCCUGCCCAUCGCCGGGCAGUGGGAGCAGACCCUGGCCGGCCUCGACGAGGACCUGGAAGGGAUGGACGACAGUUAUGAGACCGACAGCAGCUCCGUCACCGGCUCCCUCGGCAGCGCAUCUGGUCACCACGUGCAGGGCGCCAUCCUCGCCGGUGAGGCCGACGCCAUCCCCGUGACCUUCAUCGGGGAGGUCCUGGAUGACCCCGUGGAGUCGGGGCCGUUUUCCAACAGAAACAACAACGCCGGGUCUUUCGACCGGGGGAGCGUGGCCAGCGGGUGGGCCGGCCAGCCGCCCGCCCAGGGGGAGGCCCCGCAGCAGGGAAGGAGGGGGCCCGAGGGGCCCGGCGCCCAGGACGUCGGGAAGGAGGUCCGAGCGGCCUCGCCCGACCCCCGUAAAGAUGUGAACCCCGUGAAAACGGAGCCCAGCGCGACCUCGGAGCCUCCCAGGCCCGACCGGAGCGCCAAGGAGCCAGGCCAGGGGCGCGGCGCCGGCCCCCGCGGGCGGACGCAGGCCGCCGAGCCCGCCGACCCGCGGCCGGGGCCGGGGCAGGCGGCCGACGACAGGAAGGCCGUCUCGGCACCUCCGUCCUGGUAUCAGCGGGGCCAGAACCCAGGCGGGAGUUUCGGGCUUAAGCACGGCCUCACCACGUACAAAAUCGUCCCCCCGAAGUCGGAGAUGCGGUGUUACGACCGGGGGGUGUCGCUGUCCACGGGCGCCAUCAAGAUCGACGAGCUGGGCAACCUGGUGAGUCCCCACGGGAACGGGGGCAGGACCGCGGCCUGCACGCCCUCUGCUCUCGAGAAAGAAAGGCAGACCCUGGGCCACGUGCGGGCGCUCCCGAGGUCCGGCUCCACGGAGAAGCUCCCGGGCCGGCCCCCCUCCCCCGCCGCCCCGGCCACGGCGCAGCAUCCAGCAGGCGGCCUCGGGGCGGAGCCCGGCUCCCCGGCCCCCGCAGGGACAUCGCCCCAGCAGCCGGCUGCCCGCCAAGGAGAGGGCCGCUGUCCCCAGCCCGGGGCCCGCCCGCCGCCUCCGGCAGCCACCUGUCACACGAAGGUGCCAGCAGCGAGCGCCUCCCAGGUCCUGUUCCUCAAGCCUCAGAGGAGGACGUCGAGUCAGUACGUGGCCUCCGCCAUCGCCAAGCGCAUGGGGCCCCCCAGAGCCCAGGCCGACGCGGCGGGGAGGCCGGGCGGAGCCGGGAAGCCCUGGGAGGACGGACCGCCUCGCGCCAGGAGAGACGCCACGGCCCCCAGCCCACGCCCGGGGCCACACGCGUGUACAGAGGAGGCCGCGGCCCCCUGCGGUCGCCUGCCCACAGCCCACAGGGGAGAGCCAGCAGAACCGGCGGCGGGAGCCCUGCCCCGGGGCCCGGCGGGCAGCCCUCCCGGGGGGCCGUCUGCUCAGGACUGUGCUGCGGGCGCCCACCGCGGGCCCUCCCUCCCCCUCGCCACCGCCGCCCGGAGGGACCGUGACUCCGUGGGACCAGGCUGUGGUUCGGGUGGAAAGCAGAGCCCGAGGGACCGCAGCACCGGCUCAGCCUGGGACCCCAAAGGCACGCCGGACGGCACCGGGAGCCCACCGCCCCGCCCGGGGGAUGACCGGGCUCCCGGCAGGUCCCUGGUGAAUGGCUCCCGGUGGGCCCCGGAGCACAGCGAGCCCCCCUCCUCCCCGAGGGCAUCCAGCAGCGACAGCCACGCCGCCCCCGAGCUGGAGGGGAGGCCCGGGGUGCUGUGCACAGAGAUUCGCGAGGCCGACGACUCGCCGCCCCCCAGCAUCUUCGGGCCAAAGAAGAAGUUUCGCCCCGUGGUCCAGAGGCCAGCGCCCAAGGACACCUCCCUGCACAGCGCCCUGAUGGAGGCCAUCCACUCGGCCGGCGGCAGGGACGGGCUGCGCAAGGCGCCGGAGCCCAGGCCGGAGGGAGGGCCCAAGAAGCCGUCCUACGUGGAGUCGGAGAGCGAGCACUCGGCCCUGCUGGCCGCCAUCCGGGGGCACCGCGGCGCCUGCAGCCUGCGCAAGGUGGCAUCCUGCGCCUCCGAGGAGCUCCGGAGCUUCCGCGAGGCUGCGAGGUCCGGGCCGGAACCCCCGGGCCUGGGGGACCCUGGCGGCCAGCCCCCACCCGCCCUGCCUCCCCCACCCCCUCCGGCAGCCCCAGCUCCCCCGCCCGCCUCCAGGACAGCGCCCAGGGCCAGCGCCAGCGCCCUCGGCACCCCGGUGGACGCCAGGCAAGCCUUGAUGGACGCCAUCCGCUCGGGCACAGGGGCGGCCAGACUGAGGAAGGUGAUGCGGGCUGUGUGA